CACGUAUGUUCAGUGUUACUAGUGUAAUUACCCGUUUUAUAGGGAACUUUUUGUAGAACAGCUGUCUUAAAUGGCAAGUAGUGUAAGAAUUAUGGUUGAAAAUUGUUAAGAAUUCAAAACUGCAUUUAGUAACAAAUUCCAGCAGGACGGACGAUGUUUGGUUUAUUGACAUAAUAAUUAAAUAAAAAAUGUCUUAUGCUUUAAUCAAAAUGUCAUAUUGACUUAUCGGGUAAUUUUAACACUACUACAAAAGCACCAUUUUUUUGUUUUUAUUUUGAUUCGAUUGAUAUUCGAACGCGGAAGUGGUUUCGUGUAUUGACGCUCGCAUUGCGAAACAUGUCCAAUUGUUAUUUUAGAAAUAUAUAAACAUGUCUAAAUUAUGGUGAAUUACUCGCCGUCCCCGUAGUAAGAAAAGGAAACCUUAAAUAUGGCCUCGCGAGGAGACAAAGGGAAUGGAAAUGGCGAGGAGCAGAUCGUAGAGACUUUAGCGGAGGUGUUCCGCUGCUUCAUCUGUAUGGAGAAGCUGGUGGACGCACACCUCUGUCCUCAUUGCUCGAAGCUGUGUUGCUACGCUUGCGUGCGGCGAUGGCUGACGGAGCAGCGGUCGCAAUGUCCCCACUGUCGAGCAGCGCUGCACCUUCAUGAACUAGUCAACUGCCGCUGGGUCGAGGAGGUCACGCAGCAGAUCGAGACGAUGCAGCAGAGCAACUCCGCUAGUCAGAGGGAGAGCUUCAGGGAUAGGUGCCCGACACACCAGGAGAAGUUGACGGUGUACUGCUGGACAUGUCGACGUUGCAUCUGCCAUCAGUGUGCACUGUGGGGCGGCACUCACUCGGGCCAUACAUUCAAACCGCUGGAGGAGGUGUAUGAGCAGCAUGUCACCCAGAUCCGUGAUGAAGUGUCCCAGUUAAGACGCAGACUAAUGGAAUUGAUUAGUCUGGUGCAGGAUGUGGAACGCAAUGUUGAAUCGGUGCGUGCUGCCAAAGACGAGCGUGUCCGUGAGAUUCGGAACGCAGUAGAGCUGAUGAUAUCGCGCCUCGACUCCGCGCUUAAAGCCAAACUCCUGACCCUCAUGGGCCAGAAGAACAGCCUGACUCAAGAGACGGAGCAACUUGAACAUCUACUGCAAGAAAUUGAACAUCAACUGCAUUCUAGCACUAGAUCAGAACUAAUAGCUAAGAGUGGUGAACUAUCGAAGAUGAUUCACCAAGUUCGCAAAAAGCCAAUGGCGAGCUUCGUGACUGCUCCCGUACCGGCCGAUUUUCAUAGUGAAAUCGUGCCGAGCUACGACAGCAGCACGUUCCCGCUGACGAACUUCACGCAGCUGCAGCACGCGGCGGCGCCCGUGUACUCGGCGCCGCUGCACGUCAACGGGCUGUGCUGGCGCCUCAAGGUGUACCCCGACGGCAACGGCGUCGUGCGCGGGAACUACCUGUCCGUCUUCCUCGAGCUCAGCGCCGGCCUGCCCGAGACCUCCAAAUACGAGUACCGCGUGGAGAUGCUGCACCAGGUCUCCCGCGACCCCUCCAAGAACAUUGUCCGGGAGUUCGCCUCCGACUUCGAGGUGGGCGAGUGUUGGGGCUACAACAGGUUCUUUAGGCUCGACCUGCUCGCCAGCGAGGGAUACCUCGACCCAGAUACUGAUACUCUUAUACUAAGAUUCCAAGUGCGCCCGCCGACUUUCUACCAGCGAUGUCGCGACCAGCAGUGGUACAUCAACCAGUUGAUCACUAUGCAGAACCAGCACAUCUUGCAAAUUAAUGAUCUCAAGGAGCGUCUAUCACUAGAGAUGUCCCGCAACUCGAUAGCGGCGACUCGCUCGGGACAGAACAGUUCCAGCACUUCGCAGUCCAAUGCCGGCAGCAACGACACAGACAACCCGUCUCAGAACAACCCCGUCGAUGGAAACAGUCUCAGUGAUUCUAUAGUGUUCGGUAACCAGUGGAAGUUCAGCGCACCGCAUAACAUCAUGAGUGGACAGAGGCUUACGAGUCCGGGCUGUGCUGGCUUGUACGCAGGUCUGCUGAACACGGGCAUGUUCGUGGAGGAGUCGCGCAACAACGACGUGUCGAGCGCGGCGGCGGGCGCCUUCGGCUACGGGGACUACCCGCCGCUAGAGCGGCGUCUGCAGCCGCACCAGCCUCACGCCACACACGCGCUCGACGCCGGGUACAACCUGCCCUCCACCUCGCGGUCAGCGAACUCGCUACACGUGAGCGGCGCCGACAAUAUGGCGCUGGUGAGCCUGCACACGCUGCUGAGCGCCGCCAACGCGCCCAGCCGCGUGCCCAGCAAGCUGGCCAACAAGCGCCAGGCCGAGCCGCGCGCGGACAAACACCAUGUACCUGCUAAGGAUUCCGCACUCACUGCCGUAUCAAGCACGCCAAUGACCGAAGCCAACGCGACGGUGACUAGCGUCGUGUUGUGUUCCUCGAUCUCGUCUCCCGAGCUGAACGCGGGCCCCAAGCUGGAGACUGCGGAGCCCGCGCCGCAGCACCCCUUCCACGCCGCGUCCGAGAGCAGCAGUGAUACCGGGGAUUUGAUGUUUAGUGAACUUGAAGUGUUUGCCGAUGAGAAUAGUCCAAACCAUAAUGAUGAGAAUUCUAACGAAGAGAAUGAUGUUGAUGAUGAAACUAUGUCAGGGGAGAACGACAUAGAGUCUGCGAGCGGGGGCGGGUCUGGCGCGGACAUCCUGCGGCGGCUGGUGUGCGCGGUGGCGUCGCGCGGCGUCACGCCCGCCGGCACGGACGGGUCCACGCCCGCGCACGCGCCCGCCAGGCACGACUACGACCCCCAGCUGUCCACUGCCGCACACACGGACAUGUUGCUGCUCAACCUCAUGCGUAUGAAUGGACUUACGCCCAAGCAUUCCACGUCUAGUCGUCACGGCGGUAAGCGUCAGUGGAGCAGCAGCGCGGCCCCGGAGCAGACGGCUCACCGCCGGCCCCCGGGCAGCGGGCGCGCGCCGCGCCGCGCC